ACAGCAGUUUAUUUUCAUCGGGUCUCGCGCGUUGAGCCUAAUGUAAACAAACCCCGUUUCGGAAGUCGCAGAUUAAGUGAAUUUAAUUCACGAAUUCACCUGAAAUCACCGUCAGAGGCUUGAACCGUGUGUCGGAGUCCGUGGGAGAUGUCUUGACUGUGUUCCCAGGCUUUGGACUGAAGUUUAAGCCGUUUAUUUGAGUGUGUGAUUCUGUGUCUGAUUCGUCUCGAGGCCUCAGAUCUGUGGAUGAGGAAGUGAACGGACCGAGCUCACCCAGGAGAAAGGAUCUCCUUUUUCCUUUGCUCCUGGGUGAAUCGGUGAUCUGUCAAAAUGGAUGAGCAGGAGGCCCUGAAUUCCAUUAUGCAGGACCUAGUGGUAUUGCACCGAUCCAGCCGACCAUCCGGUCUGUCUGACCUGGGCAAACCCAAAGCCUCCUCCCCCAAGAACCAGAAUGAUGUAAGGGUGAAGUUUGAGUACAGAGGAGAGAAGAGGAUCCUACAGUUCCCACGACCCAUUAGUCUGGAAGAUCUGAGCACCAAAGCUAAAGUAGUGUUUGGGCAGAGCAUGGACCUGCAUUACACCAAUAAUGAGCUUGUGAUUCCGUUGAGUACGCAGGAUGAUCUGGAUAAAGCCGUGGAGCUGCUGGAUCGCUCAGUGCACAUGAAAAGCCUGAAAAUCCUGCUGGUGCUCCCUUCCUGCACUCAGAACUCCAGUAAGGACCUGUUGCCUGCUCAAGAGAACUUAGACAACACAGACUUAAGAACCACAGAUAAAAAGAGCAUGCUGGCACCCAUAGGUUCUCAGUCAACAGAUCGCAGUUCCCCUCCUCCAGGCUAUAUUCCUGAUGUCCUGCAGCAGGUGGCAAGAAAUGGCUCAUUCACCAGCAUCAACAGUGAGGGCGAGUUCAUACCAGAGAGCAUGGACCAGAUGCUGGACCCUCUGUCUAUGAGCAGUCCUGAGAAUUCUGCAUCAGGCAGCUGUCCUUCCCUGGACAGUCCACUCGAUAGUGAUACCUAUUCCAAAUCACAUAUGCCUCGAGCCCUGAGCUACCCGGAUAACCAUCAGGAGUUCCCUGAGUACGAUAUUCCAGUGUUCGAGAAAACGGCGAAGGGAGGCACCUACCCAAGGCGAUAUCACAUCUCGCUUGGUCUGCAGGACUACAGCGAUGGGCGAAAGACGUUUCCUAGAGCACGACGGACACAGGCUCACGGUUUUCGUUCUCCGGUGAGUUUCAGUCCAACAGAACAGCAGAGCCCCAGCACCAGCAGUGGAAGCAGUAUCUUUACGCCUGAGCUAGAGGAACCUGGACGCAGACGGCGUGGCAGCGAUAUAGAACCCAGCUCCAUCCCCACACUAUCAGUGAUGGACAUCAGCCCUCCCAGCCGCUCUCCUCGGGCCCCAACAAACUGGCGUCUGGGGAAACAUUUGGGACAAGGAGCAUUUGGACGAGUAUUUCUCUGCUACGAUGCAGACACUGGCAGAGAACUCGCCGUUAAACAAGUCCAGUUUGACCCGGAUAGCCCUGAGACCAGCAAGGAGGUGAGUGCCCUGGAGUGUGAGAUUCAGCUGCUGAAGAAUCUCUUCCAUGAGCGCAUCGUACAAUACUACGGUUGCUUGCGAGACACACAUGAAAGAACGCUCUCGAUUUUCAUGGAGUUCAUGCCUGGGGGCUCCAUUAAAGACCAGCUGAAGUCAUACGGUGCUCUAACGGAGAAUGUCACGCGGAAAUACACACGGCAGAUAUUGGAAGGCGUGUGCUACCUGCACAGUAACAUGAUUGUCCACAGAGACAUCAAAGGUGCCAAUAUCCUCCGAGACUCUGCAGGUAACGUGAAGCUGGGUGAUUUUGGAGCGAGUCGGCGACUCCAGACCAUUUGCCUGUCUGGAACAGGCAUCAAAUCAGUGACAGGAACACCUUACUGGAUGAGCCCUGAGGUCAUUAGUGGAGAGGGCUAUGGAAGGAAAGCUGAUAUAUGGAGCAUCGGGUGCACUGUAGUGGAGAUGCUGACUCAGCGGCCACCCUGGGCAGAGUACGAAGCAAUGGCAGCCAUUUUCAAAAUCGCCACACAGCCCACCAACCCCACUCUGCCACCUCAUGUGUCGGACCACUGCCGUGAUUUCCUUAAACGGAUUUUUGUGGAGACAAAACAGCGACCUGCUGCGGAGGACCUAUUACGGCACACUUUUGUCCACUAGCCACUCCCCCUUCUAUCUCUGACCAAGCAGAGACUUCCUUAAGUGUCUGUUGGAUCGGCGCUUUUUGAGACUCCUCCCAGCAGGCUUCAGCACCCUUACUGGACCAGAGCACGUAGGGGUGGCAAACAAGAUGGCAACGUCUCAAAUCUCACAUCUCUACUGGGGCAGGAGGGUGAUUUGAAAAAGCUUGAUUCUGUAUGAAAACAUUGCACCUUAUUUUCACUUUGGGGUAUGCACCCCUUAAGACAAAUGGAUAUCGGUAUUGCUAAAGACUAAACGUUUUUCUUUUGUUAAAAUGAACUGAUAUUCCCCAUGAUUGUGGAGAGAGAGCCUUAGCUCUGGGGAGUCUAGUUGGAUUCUGGAUGCACUGGGUUAAUGCAGGAAGAUCUUGGAAUGUCAACCCCAGAACAAGGCAAGUACGCCAAAACGCUGCUAACGGUUAAAUGGAAAAAAUAAGAAAUGACAGGAUGUGUGGGUUUCUCCAGCCCAGCUGUCAUGGCGCUUCUGUAAGUUCUCAUAUUCUUGCACAGUCCUCAUAGAACAUGUACAGUAGGGUCCAACAGUCUGAGACUACAUUGAAAAUAUGGGAUUAAACAAGAAUAAACAUGGAUAUAAACUAUGUUUAGGGUUUUUUUGUGCAUUUUAAAACAGAGAAAAGUAAAAUUAAGAAGAAAUAUUUUAGAUUUCCACCAUUUCUAUGUCACUAAUCAAUUGUAAGCAAAUUUGUGACAAUGACCUUUGUAAAAAAAAAAAAGUUCAGAUUUCCUUGCUUCCAUUGAAGCACACAAAAUGCUCUUUGGAACAUUCUCAAAUCAUUCUGGGUUAACAUGGGUCAUCAGGUUUUGCACAAACUUGUAGAGUUCAUGCCAGCUCAAGUGCAAUCAAAAGGGGGGACAUUAUCAAAUACUAAGAAUAGCUGAUAUGCUAAUAACAAAAUUUGUAAUGAAAAAGAUUGUAUUAAAUUGUAAAGUGCAAAAAAGAAGCAUUUUCACUAGUAGUCUCAGACAUUUGAAUCCCUCUGUACAAACACUGAUCAAAGGUCUUACUAUACAAUAUGUAUUCACUAUGCUGUACAAACAUUACGUUUGCUGGACUUUCUCCUCACUCUGAUUGCCGCCACAUACCAUAGUGUACAUUCUCUACAGCUCUAGAACCGUCAAGGUGUAGUAUCUCUCUGUUCUUUUCUACCGUCUGAUUUGUUUCUGUCUUCACUGCGUGCCCUUUCUUUUUUUAAACGUCCUUCCUGGUUUUUGUAUUCUGCUCUGUCAUCCGUAUCCAAUCAUUUUUCUAGAAUUUUAGAGGUUUAAUGUACAGAUACUCACAAGUCUUUCUGAUUUUGGCCUGUACAGGAUUUAGUAAUGCUGUUUCUAGGUCAGCAUAAGCAACUCCGCUCUGCCUUCUUUCCCCAAGGUCCCUCUGCUGGGUAACUGACCUCAGGUCAGAUUCACCUGUGCAUUCUCUCAACAAAAUACCGUACACUUCAAUCUGAUCAAAUGCAGGUUGAAUACACACACACACUCACCAAAGUGAAACACCCAGAACACACAGAUAGUGUUUAGUGCCUGGACAGAACUGCCAUUCAAAGCCAAAAUGCAGUAACUAUGCCAACACUGAGACUGUGGAAAAAUGGUUUCAAAGUGUGUUUGUCCAGCCAGAAUAUAAAAUAUUCUCACUUUCUCUGAAUGUGAGCAAAGUUAAGCAAAACCUGUGACAGAUCAUAGUCUUAGAGACCUGAUUUUGGUCAGAGCUCAUAAAAUAACUCGAAAAAUUUUGCUAACACACCAUAUGUCGGAGCACUGGCCAUAAACACAACUCAUGGUCAAAGCUCAGUUUUGACAAAAUUUGUAGUUAAUGCAUUUUGCUUUUGCAGGACAGUGUAGAUCAUCCUAUUACAGUAAGAAUCGCUCAAAUUCCAGUGUGAUCAUAAAGUGGUAGAUUGUACUGGAGAAAUGGAUUGCUCUCUUUAUAAAAAUGGCAAUGUUCCUUUAAGUGCAUUUCUUGUGAAGACUACACAACUAGAUAAUUUUCAGUUUAUAUUCUCUUUACCAGAAGUCUUAUAAGUUUCCUGCUGAGGUUCCAAUUCUUCAGAUGACAGUGUUCGUGUCAGAGGUUCACACUCUAAUGUAUUUUCGUAGAAGUCAGCAUAUGCAGAAUUUCACAGUAUGUAACGAUACUCAGCACUUAAUAGUACUUAACGGUCUGCCUAUGAAUUAGCCUCACUAUCCCACGAUGCCUUGGGACAGGACAUUUCACCCGUUCACACACUCGGUUACACACUCCGCUGCAGUGCGAACACUCCUGGAUAUUUGAGUGAGCUGUCUUUCACAUUGCUGUUUUAGAUACGCUCAAAGAUCUCACUAUCUCUCCUCCAUGUACUACUGUAGUGUCUGCCUUCAGACGUAGGUGAAUACAUUUUGACGUUACAUUUUUUCUUUCCCAUAAGUCAGUGGGUUUAUGAUUUCUUAUUUUCUCAUGAACUGCCAUUCAUAGUUAGAAAUAGAUUAAUUGUACCCCUCCUAUAAAGAAGAUGGUAUGGCACGGUACUUGUAUGGUACGUGUAGUAUACAUUCCCAUAAGUAUACAUGAAUUUAAUAAUCAUAUAAUAGACACGCAGACAUUUAAAAUUCAAUUCAAGCAGUAAUUUAAUGUAUUGCUUGCUUGCUUGUCAAAAAUACUGUAUUAAAACAAUAAACCUUGAUGUAUAAUAGGAUGAAUCUCAUGAAAUCUUUUUAGGACUAUUACAAUGUUUUUGCUGAAAUCUUCUGCUGUUUUAGUGGACUUUUUUUAAUUAUGGGAUCAAAUUGGUAGAUUCAAUUUACAUCAAGCUUUAUUAGCAAGAUAAAUUAAGUGUAGGCUACAUUGCCAUUGCAUUAUAAGACACUAUACGUGCAGAUAUAAAACACUGAAUGCUGAAAUUAUUUUGCUGAAGUUAAAAAUCUCAAAACUAUUAUUUUCUUUGCACGCUCUCACAUGGUUUUGCUUUUGAUACUGGUUCAGAUUAUAGUGCAUGACCAUUUUGGGGUGAAGCAGAAUGGCGUCUUUCCCGUAUCUGUCUCACACCUGGUUCACUGCUUGUGGGUUAAGUCUUCAUUUUCUGUACAGUAUACCUGUUCCUGUGUUUAUUAUGCCCCAGACAUGAGUUGCACAUAAUAAGCAUGCACUGCUCCACAGAAUCAGGUCCUGUAUUCACAAAAUAUCUUGAGGCUGAAUGUAGCUCAGUGUGGAAAUUUAGGGGCGUCACUACAAUUGUUUGGACUCUAGGAGAAAUUUUCAUCUAGGAGUAAUUCAUGAAUCAUUUUAAAGCUAAAAGUAGCUCCUAAACCCACAACAGCUUAGAAGUCAUCCUGAGGACUUCUAACUCUCUAAGAGAGACUCACAAACGAUCCAGAACAUGCUGCUGUUGCCAAUCCACAUUAAAUGCAAUGCGCAAGAAUAUUAUUAUGACAUUGACUGUUUAAAUACGUAUCAACUGAAUCACAAUUGAGUCUAUAUAUUUUAAUGAUAUAAUAUAAAUAUUAUAAUGUUGGCAUUGACCUUUAAAAAGGGUAUCGCCUGAAUCGCAAGGGUGUUUUCAUUAUUGUAAACUAGUUAGAGAUGCAAAUACCUCAGCCACAAAAUAUAAAUACCCAAUUAUACCAGAGAGAAAGAUUUUAAAAACUCUGCACUUCCUGGACACAUUUAAAUAAAGCUGUGUAGCAUGGAUGAAUUGGGAAUUUCUGUCAUCCGUCAGCAGAAUAAUCUAGCCCAUCAAACUAUAAAUGCCCUCUUCAGACUGCGCAUCGUUCGACAAUUCAUAGCGUAUUUGUUCCUGUGGAUGUGCGCUUGCUGAUGAGCAAAAAGGGGGCAUACUCUGGAAAUCAUUACAAUCGCAGGGCUACCCAGUGUUUAGAUGCUGUUGACGGGAUGCAAGCUUGUUUCAUUACAUCAACACAGGAUGAAGAAUUGUUCAUCAGAGAGAGAGAGAGAGAGAGAGAGAGAGACGUAUAUUGUUGUCUGUCUUAGCUGACAAAUAGCAGUUCCCUGUCUACCAAUUUGCUCUGAUUUAAAAGAGUGUGAGAUAAAAGAGAGAACAGAGAUAAAACGUGACAUCAUCCAUAGCAAUGAGGCCUUACCCUUAUCUUAAGAUUUCCUUGCUGAAACUUGCUCUUAGCAGUUUUGUGAAAUAGGUUUAAAGCAAAAAAGCAACUCGUUGGAGAACUCCUAGUGGUAAAAUAAUAAUCUUUGUGAAUACAGGCCCAGUUUUUGUGCUAGGAUGUGCAGUUGAGUCGAGCGUGUGCCUCCUUGUAAUUUAUAAAUGCCAGUUUUAGCCACAGGAAAUAGGGAAAAACAGUAGUGAAGUUUCAUAAUUCUUUUAACAUGUUAAACAGUCAUAGAAAUUAAUUUAUUUAAUUUCCCAUCCCUAAUAAUUAUUUCAAUUUUAAAGUGCAUUUGUAAAAUACAAUUGUAAGUAUACAUCAUGGUAGUAUUUGUUGAACUAAAUUUAAUUUAUGCAGAUUUUAACUGAAAACAUAAAAACUAAGCCUGUCAAUUUAACAUGGUAAUUCAGUGCUUAUAAAAACUAAUCUUUUAAAAUGAAAGCAGUUGAUCAUGCCCCUUGAUCACAGUCACAAUGAAUGUUUCAGUAAAUAUUGAUGUGUGCGAUUAUUUGCGAUUUUAAUUCCAUUAAUUAAUCAGGAUAUCAUGCAAUUAAUUCAAAAGCCUUAAUCAAUUGACAGCUCAAAAAUAAAUGUUUCUAAACAGGAUCAUUUUCAUUACUGAAUUUAAGUAAUUAUGAUUUUUUCCACAUUAUAAUUACAAUUUGGGGGGAAGUUUGUUUAAUUGUCAUGAAAAUGAUCUCAAGAUACAAAAAUGCUUUAAUGGUCCUAAAAAUAUUCUUAAUUGUCUUCAUGCAAAAUAUAAUUUAUUAUUUAUUUUCCUUUGGUGUUAGGGGUGAAAUAUGACCCUGACAUUUUCUUUCAUGAGAUUCAUGCUAUGACGCUGUCAUUAUAGCAACAUAAACAACCUCAAGCCAAUUGAAUGUGGCCACAUGAGUGAAGUUGUCAGUAGGGGUUACUAUAGCAAUGUCAUGUGGUACUUACCCGUCAGAUGGUAUAAUUACACUCCAAGCAAACGUUUGCAGUUUUGUUUACUGAUGGUGACUGAAAGUCUACCUCCAUUGUGUAGUUAAUUUGGAAUGAUUUCAUGAGACAUGGAAGACCUACUCACAGAUAAUAAACCUACUAUAUUAGCAUUUCUCUUUCAGUCACCUUUGAGUCGUGACGUCACUUGACUUGGCCUAUAGUCCUUUAAACAUGGGCAUGUUCAUUUGUAAGCCUCUUCCAGCUCUUUCUUUAAUGUCUUCAUUUUAUUUUGCCAUGUGAUGCAGACCCGCUCUUGCCAGCCUUGGGUUGCUGUGGCAGUAUUUGAAGGAAUUUCUCAGCACCCAGUGUAAUGAGCAAAAUUUCUGGUCCAUAGAGGUUUUAAAGUGCCAGUUCGUAGAACUAAACAAACACACAUUUGUUUUCCUUUGAGUUUAUUUAAGCAGCAAAAGCAUUACCCAUUCAGAUGGUGUACAAACAUACUACAAGAAAAGUAGUCAGUGUUUGUUUGUAAUGUAUGUACUGUUUCGAUUUUUCUUUUGAUGCUGAAAUGUUUGCACAUUGUGAGACCAUGUUUUUUUACACUGAGAUUAAUACUUUUGCCAGUGAUUGUCAGUCAGUCUGUGUGUGUUUGUAUGUGUGAACGUUCUUGCGAGAGUCUUGAAUGCUUUAUUUUCUGUUAAAUAGGAUCUGAGUUAAAAUGGUUGCCCUGGUUACCAGCUUUGUUGGCUAAGUUGGUGACUUGGCCACUCACUGAUAUAAAGUCUGCUCAUCUACCCAUGGUAAACUGAAAUUCAUUGCUGGUGAUUGGCAGUGCCAAUGUCUGUCAACAAACAGACUUAAGUUAACAUUGAAAUGAUGGCAGGUUCUUUUAUGAAUUCUGAUAAUAUCAUUCUAAUGCUGGCAGACUGGUGCCAAAGAAUCUGACUUGACCAACGUAACUGGUACCAUGGCUAGAUGAUGAUGUAACGUGCUAACGUGCUAGGAAACUUCCUACAUGAAUGUAAAGUCAGAUUAGAUUUUUUGUUGCACCAGUAGGUGGCAUCAUUCAACUGAUUGCCUGUAUAUAAAUUCUAGGAUUUUUUUUCUUGGAAAUACUUUUCCAAUUUAACAUUAGAGCACUGUAGCUGCAGAACUCGCUAUGUUUAAUGUGUGAAAGUCACAUCUUUUGGCAUGCUCAAUCCGCACCCCACGUCCCAACAUGCCACACUGCUGCCACUCCAGGGUCAUGAAUGCACUUUGUAUUUGUUUGUGUGGGUGGGUAUAUUGUCUGAUAAAAGUGAAUGUGUCGGUUUUGUUUUUCUGUAAUUCAAAUAAAAAGACUUCUUUUCUCUGUGAUGGUUGAGUGAGAAUAUUGCUAGCGCACUCUGGCCAAAAUGCGUUGUGCCUCCUACAACUGAUAACAGAAAAGUAAAAAAAGAUAAAAACAAAACCAGUUUUGAACUCUGAAAUCAUUUUUUUAGACAAUACUCUUAUCUGGUACAAAACGUAUUUCUGUUGUUUGUCCUCUGUCUAUUUUAUGAGAAAAGCCAUGUUUAUAAUUCAAUUUGGUUUGUGACCAAUAAGCCUGUUUAUAUCAAAUCUGUAUAUCAGUGGUAUGCAUAUUUUUUUAUAUAUAUAUUUUGUUUAUUUUUUCUCUGUUUUUAAUCUCAAAAUUCUACGCAUGAUUGGCAUCAGAAAGGCCCACUGAGGCCAGUACUGAGCAGAAUAUGUCCAGGAUGAGAUCAUGAGAUUGCCUAUGACAGCUGGCACUUUGUAAAGAGUUGCUAAUGAUAAUGAAAAUAAUAAAAAAUAUUUA